CACUGAUGGGCAUUGACAGGCAUAACUGAUGGGCACUGAAAAGCAGCACUCAUAUAUGGCACUGACAGGUGGCACUGAUAGGCAGCACUGAUAGGUGCACACUGAUGGGUGACACUAAAAGGCAGCUCAGAUGGGCACUGAUAUGUGGCAUUGAUGUGGCACUGACAGGUGGCAUGGAUGAGCACAGAGCUGGCACUGAUGGACACUGAUGGGUGGCGCUGCUGGGGCUACAAAAAUCAUCAGGGUACACUGAUCAUCACUGUCAGCAUGACAGCUCAUGAGGAGAGAAAUGCCGAUACCCGGCAUUUCCCUGUUUACAUGUGAUCAGCUGUGAUUGGA